UUAUUAGCUGCAUAAGUAGAGAAAGAAAUAAAUUGAAGAAUUACAUAAAAAGUGAUUUUAUUUCAAUUUAGUGAAAUACGAAAAAUUUUCAUAUAAAUUUCACUUUUUCCAAAUUUUCUUGUGUGGUAAAUAUGGAUGUAGAAAAUACACUUUUACUUUUAAGGAAUCAAACGGAAUCGGAUAACUUAGAAGAAAUAAAUAUGUUGAGAAUUUGUUUAUCGAAAUAUCACAAGGAUAUAAAAUAUCAAUGUGAUAUAUGUAAGAGUAUUGCUUUUGUGAACUUUGGAAAAUUUAUGGACCACUAUAAUACGGAGCACAGAGUUUUUCUUUAUGUUAAAGAUAAUAAUUGGGGGCUUUUAUCCUUGUACAAAUAUAAUUUAAUGCACAAGGAGACGGGAUCACACAAUUUGAAUAAGGAAUAUUAUAAAAAUCGGCAACCCAAGGCUUUUGUGUAUUUUUCCAUCGAUUUUGAACUUCGAUUUAAAUGUAACAUAUGUGAGGAUCAUGAUUUCUUUAGUUUUGAAGAAGUGCUCCAACAUUUUUGCAGUUCUCAUUCUCACUCAUUUGAUUUUGAAAAUGAAUGGGUUUAUCUGAUUCUUAAUACUAAAGAUGAUAAGAGUUUCAAAAUGAGCAUAUUGAAGGACACCAAUCGUAAAACCAGUGCACAUGGGGAAAGAGAAUCUUAUCAUCCAUUAGCCAGUGUUAAACAUUCGGAAAGGAUGACCAAUCCUUUGGAAUUAUUUGAUGACAGCAAAGAUUUCAGAAACAAUAAUUUUUCGGAUGAAACAACAUAUAAACCGAAUAUAUCCAUUUUUGGAAGCAGGGAACUUCAACUAGAAAAAGACGAAGGCCCUCGAAUUGAAGAUGAAAGUCGGCAUAGACAUCUUGCUACACGCUAUGAAGGACAAUCAGAGCCUUAUCAAAAAAUUUUGGUAACUAAAACCUUUUCUAGAGAUGAGGGAGAAGAGGAAAACAAAUUUGGGAGAACUCUGUCUUUAGAAAGAAAUCCUGUGACUUUUAGUUCGUUUAUUCAGGGAAAGGGAUUUUCGGAAAAAUUAUUGGAGCCCAACAUUCGAAAUCCCAUAAAAACCCGUAUGGAAUUUCUGAACAAGAAUUCGCCAUCAAGGGAAAUUUUUCCAAAGCCAUACUCCAGUAAUUCUCCAAACACUAAUAGCGUAAGAAAUUCCCGGCAUAAUCCUUUUAGGGUGGGAGAAAACAUAACGGUAGAAGUUGAGUCAUCUCAUAGUCAAGAUUGUUAUAGAACUAAUUCUAAUUUUGGAAGGCGGUCAGAAGUUUUUUCAGAAGAUUCAGCCUCAUAUUCUAGUAAUAUAGCUAACAAAGACAGAAAAAAUUUUGACCGAAGCGAUGUGUUUAUCGGAGACAGGGACACGAUUUUCGGAGAUCAGUUAAAUUUCUACACGAUGAGCUCAUCAAAUGAAAAAACUAACUUUGAAAAGGGACAUAAUCGCUUGCCAGAAAGUAAAAUGGCAAUUGGUUUGGAAAAUAAUUCGAAUAUUGCAGGUGGAAAUAAUUGGCAUGCAAACAGAAGGGACACAUUUUUGCCAAAAUCAUAUGAAGAAGGUUCGCCAAGAGGGAUGGAGAAGAUUGAUAGAGACCCCCUUUUUUCUAAAACAGGCACCCAAAAUACAUUUUCUAAAGACGCACCGUGGGAGUCAAAUGAUCCACUAAAUAGAUCAAUUGAGAAAUCGUUGCAAUUUAGCAAAUACCAUUAUACAAAUCCUUCUUACAAUGGAAAAUUACGUACUUUUCAUCCUCAUUCCUUAACAAAAGCCGAGGAAAAAUUUGGUGAUCAACCCAAUGAAACUUCUAACAAAAAAAUUGGUAGUAUGGAUGAGCUGGCAUCACGAAACAAUUUUUCAAAUGGGAGUAUUACAUCAACAAUUUCAGGUAAUCCUUUUAAACGGGCAAAAUUGGAAAAUGACGAUAUAAAUAGUUCUUCAAGUGAUAAGGUUGCAAAAAAAGGUUACAAUAUCAACGCCGUCGGCGAUUUAGUUGAAAAUUUUUCAGAUGGUGUAAAUGUUUGUAAUACUAGCAAACAUUCAGAAAAGUUAUUUGAAAUUGCUAAUCCAGAUGAAGAAGAUUUAUUUCCUGAAGAAGAUGAUGUUCUCACAAUAGUAAACAUUGGAUAUACUUUAUUCAAAACUUUUACCUUUGAAUGUAUUUUGUGUACAGAAACAUUUAGGACUUUCAUAAAGUAUAUGAAUCACUUAAGAUUAUCUCACAAAACAAUCUUUCUACCUAGUGAAAAAAAUAUCAUAAAAUUGUAUUUAUACAGUGAGGAUAUCAGUACUAUUAAACAAGACUUUGAAACGAAGUUGGAAACAAGAGCUAAAGUUUUCGAAAAAAGAACAAGGAAGAAAGCUGAACUAAGACAAGAAUUGAAAACAGAUCGUAGUCAGCUUCCGAAAGUUAUUCAAUUUAAAGGUGACUGGAUAGAACUGGCCAUUAUUGACUUUGAUACGACCACAGAAUUUUUUAAUUUUCGAUGUGAUGUUUGCUUUGAGAGUGGGUUUCAACAUUUGAUACAAUUUCUUGCACAUAUUUUCGCAAUUCAUAAAAGUUGCUUAUCUUAUGAGUUAAAUGGCAAAUUGAAAAGUGGUAAUUUAGUAGCAGCAUUAUAUAAUAAAACGAAAUUUCCUCUAAAUAUGAGGACUAGAAAAAGAGAGUUAGAAAAAUUGCGUGAAAGAGAAUUAAUAAGAUCAAAAUCUAAUUUAAUGCACAGUAGAAUUGCAAAGAAAAAAGGAAAACCGGGAAAUUCUAAUCAAACAGAAAAGGAUUUUGUUGUAUAAUUGAUAAGAAACCAAAAUUAUUUGAAAUAAAAACUUUGAGUGUUGAAUUUUUCGCUUAAAAUUUUUGUUUUUUCUUAUAAAUUAUAAAAUAAAUAUUAAAAUUUAUUGGAUAAAAAUAAUUCU